GGACAAAAACGCAAGUUAUUGUUUUGUGGCAUUAAAUAAAUCUUUUUUGUUCACUGAGCUGAAGAGGUAUUUUGUUUUGCAGUGAUUAAGGUGCACAGAAGGAUUACUUGGGAGUUGGGAAAGCUUGGUUGCUUAUUUGUGGUGGCCCUGCUGACAGCUGCUGUGGAUGCAUGUGUUGAUGGAGUAAACAGGAAGAGGGGAACUAUUACGGGCUGGUAAAGUGCCAGUGAUUAUACAGAUGUGGCCCUCAGCCAGAAUUUAAGAGAACGAUCGAUUCACCUUUAUCUAAUGUUCCUCCUUUUAAUGAAUUGAAUACCGGAGCUCCAUCAAGGACUGAAUUCGUAAUACCAGCUAUCCUAACUCCAAAACACUGUAUACCCCAAGUGGGACAGAAACUUCACUACUUUUUACUCCAGGUACUAUGGAAGCUGCGUAUUCGCUUUCAAAACCACUAACACCACCACCACCACCAACAGAAUCGCCAUCUCCAGAGCCACCAGAAGAAGGGUGUUUCUCAGCAAAAGCCACUGUGCAACUUGAAGAUGGCUCUUUCAAACUAAUAAAAGAUGUGGGAAUCAAAGACAAAGUUCUAGCUGUAGAUAAACGAGGAAAGCAGCUGUUUAGUGAAAUUGUUCUAUUAAUGGAUGUUGUUCCUGACUAUGUUGGUGAAUUUGUUGCUAUUGAAGCAGGUGGUAGGCAUCUGCACCUUACACCAGCUCAUUUGUUAUUUAUCGCAGGCAGCGACAGCUCCUCUUUUGAUCCGGUAUCCAUUUUUGCUGGGCAGGUUAAAAAAGGACAGUAUGUACAUGUUGUAGAGCCUGUUAAUGGAGGUGUAGAAAAGGUCAGAAUUGAGAGAGUUUGCAGAGUUCAGGAUCAUGGUGCCUAUGCCCCCCUUACAGAAGAGGGGACUAUUGUUGUAGAUAAUAUACUGGCAUCCUGCUAUGCAGUAUUCAGCAAUCCCAAAGUAGCACACUGGUCUCUUGCUCCAUUCCGCUGGUUACACAGUAUGAACAAAACAUUGGAGUAUUUCAUUAAUGCUUCACUGAAUCUGGGACAGGAUCCUAAAUGUGGAAUAGCUUGGUAUCCAAGUAUCCUCUAUCAAAUCGCUGAAGUCCUUUAUAUUGUGUAACAUGGCAUGCUGUUAAGGAUCUAUGAUUAAAAAAAAUAAAAAUGAUGCUUUGAAAAUUAUCAUAGAAAUAGUCAUAAUUUAGAAUGGAACUGGAUUAAGAAGAUGUUGAACAAGGACUCCCUUGCUGAUCCAGUACAUAUAUUUUGAUUGCAUCUUGUACAAAGAGCGGCAUUUCUUUGUUUCUGUGAUUGGCCCACAUUCCAU